AUGGACAAGCUUAUAAGCAAAGCAAACGCCGACGUCAAAACACCACCGGCGAUAGUGGCUAGGGUAGGUAAUGGUGGAAUAGGGUCAUGUCCUGGGGGUCCUGGGGGCCUUAAGAUGAGGUCGUUUUUGGCUGAGAGAUUAAACCUGAGACGCAGAGGGCGAGGUGAUAGGGGAGGAGAUUCGAAAGUUGAUAGGUUGAGGGUAGGCCUGGAUAAGGAGGAGAAAAGAAAAUUUUGGGAGGUUUUGGACGAAGUGAUUCGGGGCAUGCCUAGUUCGGAGAAGAUUCUCACAGGAGGGGACUUCAAUGGGCAAAUUGGGUCUUUGCCGAUAGGGUACAAUGAUGUGCAUGGAGGCUUUAGUUUUGGGGAUAGGAAUGACAACAGAUCUACCCUUUUGAACUUUGCGAGGGCCUUUGGGAAGUGCGAUAGGGCUUUAUGCAAGGAUUGUAAGGUUAUUCUGAAUGAGAAUCUUACGACCCAACAUAGACUCUUAGUGAUGGAUUUAGUUUUCAAGAUGGGUAAGAAGAGAAAGGGUGAGAAGGGUCGUUUUAGAGUUAGGUGGGGUAACCUGACUCCGACAAGGGCUUUGGUGAUAGGGGCAAAGUUGUGGAAUAAAGAAGUGAAGAAGAAGGUGGAGACAAAGAAAGUGGCUUACAUGAAGCUGGCUGAGAGUAAGGAUGAAGAGAAGAAACGGGUGAGCAGAGAGGAGUACAAGGUAGCUAAGAAAAAGGUUAAGUUCACAGUUAUGGCUGCUAAGUCAGCAGCUUUUGAGAGACUGUAUUUGGGAUUAGAAGAGAAAGGUGGGUAA